AUGGGAGGUUUAAAUUUUAGUAUUAAGCAUGCUUCGAAGGUGUAUCCUAUUGAAUUGGAAGCGGGAUCUAAGGGUAGCGACUUAAAGAAGCUUAUAGAAGACUUGAUACAAAUUCCGGCUGAUAGGCAAAAGUACAUGCUGAAAGGAUCGUUGCCAGAUGAUGUUGUUGUUGACACCGUUAUUAAGCCAGGUGCGCAAGUGAUGCUAUUAGGUACUCCAGACAAAGAUUUGAUUGUGACACCAAAGGUUCCUGAGAAGUUCAUCGAGGAUUUGGAUGCAGGAGCUCAAAGUCAGCACUUAAACAACACACCUAUGGGGAUUGUGAAUCUUGGAAACACAUGUUACAUGAAUGCUACUUUGCAAGGACUAUAUCAUAUUGUCCCCUUAAGGGAGAAGAUCUUGGGAUUUGAUGAGAAGAAAGCUAUCUCAGAGAACGUGGACUCCUACCAUGUUCAGCUAGUGCGUCAACUUCAGGGAACUUUUAAGAAGUUAAAGGAAAAGAAGAGCGGGAGUAUCACGCCAAUGUUAUUGCUAGAAAUUUUAAGAAGAGUAUACCCACAAUUCUCAGAAAUGGAUUCACAGAGUGGGUUUUAUAAGCAGCAGGAUGCUGAAGAACUAUUUACACAGUUGUUCCACACGUUGAAGAGUGUUCUUGGCGAAGAAACGUUGCGAGACUUCCAGAUCGAAUUCAAAACCACGGUCAGGGAUACUAUGAAUGAAUCUGACGUUACUGAAAAGGUUGAGGGUGAUUUGAAGCUGCAAUGUCACAUUACAGGUGCUACGAACUUUAUGACAGCAGGGAUCAAAGAGUCAUUGAGCGAAACCAUAGAGAAAAAAUCUGAUAACACAGGGGUGAAUUCCAUAUACAAGGUUGAAAAGAAAAUUACGAAGCUUCCUGCCUUUUUAACUGUGCAGUACGUAAGGUUUUUCUGGAAGAAAUCAACAGGAAAGAAGUCUAAAAUUUUACGCAGGGUCCAAUUUCCAUUCCAACUAGACACUGCCGAGCUACUGACACCGGAGUAUGCCCAGGAGAAGAUCAAUGUCAGAGAGGCGCUCCGUGAAGUAGACAAGGAAAAGACAGAGGCAGAACGCGAAGUAAAAAGAUCAAAGCUAAAUCCUAAUAAUGAUGCAGCUGCCCCCGUGUACGAAUCUGCAGAUGUGACUCGUGCAAUUUCAGAAAGUAAUAACGAGCGCUGGCUACGCGAAUUCGCUAGCAAAUUUCCAUCAAACUUACGCCCUGGCGAGAACCCUUCCUGUGUGUAUGAUCUAAUUGGUGUCAUCACUCACCAAGGUGCAAACUCAGAAUCAGGUCAUUAUCAAGCAUUUAUGAGAGAUGAGUUAGAUGAAAACAAGUGGUAUAAAUUCAACGAUGACAAGGUUUCCGUAAUUGAAAAAGAGAAGAUAGAGUCCCUUGCAGGUGGUGGAGAAAGCGAUAGCGCUCUUAUCCUUAUUUACAAGGGGUUUGGUCUGUAG